AUGAGUAUAGACGAGUUUUAUACCGUGAUCUCCGUCGAAACGGUUGAUCCUGUGCGGCUGAUUCUCCCCGCAAACGGUGAAUUUCGGAAUUCCUACUUUAUUUCUCCUUUUGUUCUGCAAAUUAGACAUCGGCAGUCUCCUUCUUGGGAAGGUAAUUCAAGAUCCCGCUCAAGGUCCAGAUCACGUUCGAGGUCAUGGUCUAGACCAAGGGACAGAUCUAGGUCUAGGUCUAGGUCUGGGUCAAGAGGUCGUGGCAGGGCAGAAGAUGUUAACCCAGGGAAUACUCUGUACGUGACUGGUCUUUCUACCAGGGUCACUGAAAGGGACCUUGAAGAUCAUUUCUCAAGGGAAGGAAAGGUGAAAUCUGUAUUUUUGGUUGUGGAACCACGGUCUCGUAUCUCUCGUGGUUUUGCAUUUAUAACGAUGGACAAUAUGGAAGAUGCAAAUCGCUGUAUUAAGCACCUCAAUCAAUCAGUUCUAGAAGGCCGGUACAUAACUGUGGAGAGGUCCCGGAGGAAACGUGCAAGGACUCCGACUCCUGGUCACUAUCUUGGGCUCAAAAGUUCCCGUGGUGAUGGCAUCAUGGAGGUUCUAGCCGUGAUGAUUAUGGGUACCGGAGGUCCCCUCGACGCUCGCCUUAUAGAGGUGGGCGUGAACGUGAACGUGAUUAUUCCCCUAGACGUUCGCCUUACCGUGGAAGAUCAAGAAGGGAUAGGUCCAGAUCGUAUUCUCCUCGAAGGACUCCUGAGAGGAAUUAUGCUCGUGGUUCUAGGUGAAAUGUAUCGUCAGGCCAACUUAAAUGAUAUGAACAAUCUUGAGAACUCAUGA